AUGAACGAUGAUGCUACUGAUCAAGAUCCUGACAAGACAAGGUGGAUUCGGAGCUGCCAAAAUACAUUCCAGACAGCUAUUACUUGCCAAUCAAAGAUGGAUCAGGAAACCAUGGAUACUGAUUUUGACGUUAUCGUCUUGGGAACAGGCCUGACAGAGUGUAUCUUGUCUGGCUUGCUUUCUGUUGAUGGUAAAAAAGUGUUGCAUAUAGAUAAACAGGAUCACUAUGGUGGCGAAGCUGCCUCUGUGACGUUGUCACAGCUAUACGAAAAAUUCAAGCAGAACCCUAUAUCAAAGGAGGAAAGAGAAGCGAAAUUUGGUAGAGAUAGAGAUUGGAAUGUCGAUUUGAUUCCAAAAUUUUUGAUGGCCAACGGCGAAUUGACGAAAAUUUUGGCACAUACGGAUGUUACUAGGUAUGUUGAUUUCAAGCAAGUCUCAGGAUCCUAUGUCUUCAAACAAGGUAAAAUUUACAAAGUUCCUGCAAAUGAAAUGGAAGCUAUAUCAUCACCAUUGAUGGGGAUUUUUGAAAAGCGUAGAAUGAAAAAAUUUUUGGAGUGGAUUAGUAGUUAUCAAGAAGAUGAACUAGCCACCCACCAGGGUUUGGAUCUAGACAAAAAUACCAUGGAUGAGGUCUACUACAAAUUUGGAUUGGGAAAUUCAACCAAAGAAUUUAUUGGACAUUCCAUGGCUCUGUGGACUAAUGACGAUUAUUUACAGCAGCCAGCGAGACAGUCUUUCGAAAGAAUUUUGCUAUACUGCCAAAGUGUUGCACGUUAUGGUAAAUCACCAUAUCUUUAUCCUCUAUACGGUCUCGGUGAAUUACCCCAAGGCUUUGCUCGUUUGAGCGCAAUAUAUGGUGGUACUUAUAUGUUGGACAAUCCAAUCGAUGAAGUACUGUAUAACGAAGAAGGACAGUUCAAGGGUGUGAAGACCAAACUAGGCACUUUCAAUGCACCAUUGGUAAUUGCAGAUCCCACGUAUUUCCCGGAAAAAUGUAAAUCAACGGGCCAAAGAGUUAUUAGAGCCAUUUGUAUUCUCAAUCACCCGGUUGCGAAUACAAAUAAUGCCGAUUCUAUACAAAUUAUAAUUCCUCAGAGUCAAGUUGGCCGGAAAAAUGAUAUUUACAUUGCAGUUGUCUCUGAAGCCCAUAACGUAUGUUCAAAGAAUCAUUACUUGGCAAUCAUCUCAACAAUUGUCGAGACUGAUAAACCACAUAUUGAACUGGAAUCCGCAUUCAAAUUAUUGGGACCAAUUGAAGAAAAAUUCAUGGGUAUUGCUGAGCUAUUCGAACCGAAGGAUGAUGGAUCCAAAGACAAGGUAUAUUUAUCAAGGUCCUAUGACGCAUCAUCGCAUUUCGAGUCCAUGACUGACGAUGUGAAAGAUAUCUACUUUAGAGUGACUGGACAUCCAUUUGUGUUGAAGCCAAGAGAUACAAAUGAGGAUCAAUGA